AUGUCCUCCAUAACGCAAGAAAUAGAAUCAUUCAAAACGCCCACCGCCAAGGAACUAUCUCCAGUUCCUAAGGUCGGCGACAAGGCGCCAGUACAUCCCAACCUGGACCUCCCAAUAGAUAAACCCACCAUCAUCGUUUUCCUACGCCAUUGUGGAUGUCCCUUCGCCGAAAAAACAUUCAAAAAACUCACCGCACUCAGCACACAAUACAAAGAAGUGCACUUCGUCGCAAUAUCGCACUCCAGUCCCGAAGCGACAGAGCGCUGGGUCGUGAAAGUCGGCGGGAACUGGGAAGUACGGGUGGUCGUCGACUACGAGCGUGAGCUAUACUCGCGCUGGGGAUUGGGAGUUAGCAAUACAUGGCAUGUCCUAGGCCCCCUAACACUUUAUCGCACUCUGAGGUUGGCGAAGGAUGAGGAUAUUUGGAACCGACCGACGGAAAGUGGGAGUAGGUGGCAGACGAGCGGCGCUUUCGCGAUCACGGCCGCUGAUGGUGUAGUCACUUGGGCCAAGGUCGCGGCCUCUGCGGAUGAUAUCCCAGAUUUGGAGGCUGCGAUUGCGAGUUUGGGGGUUAAGGUCAAGCCGAAGCCACCUCCGGAGCCGAGGACGGAGGGGUUCUUGUGA